CAGCUACCGCCCCCUCUUUCCGGCCGCGGUCCGGUCUCUGGUAGCCGCGUGUCCCGCUCGCUGUUCGAGAAAUGCCGGCUCGACUCAGCUGUGAUCCUGAGGACCCGGAACCCACAAUGGAACCAGAGUCCGUGAGCAAGAAGGCGCACAAAAAAAGCAAGAGAGACCGAGAGAAGAGGAAACACUCAGAAAAAAACGAGAUCUCUGACAAAAAGCCAAAGCACCGGGAAAAUGGCAAAUUAGAAGAAUAUUCGGCUGAUGAAAGUGAAGUGAAGCCUCCAAAAUCAAAAAAACACAAGGCCGAGGAUUGUGACGAAAAGGCUGAAAGAAAAAGGAAAAAGGCAGAAAGAAACGGAUUGAUAAAAGAGUCAAAAGCUGAGAUCACUCCACGGUCGAGUGAUGAUUCCAGUCAGUAUUCAGAGGGUGAAAUAGAAGAGGAGCUACCUCCAGAGCAGAAAGAAGGGGCUUUCUCGAACUUCAAGAUUUCUCAAGAGAUGAUUGAUCUGCUGAAGGGCCGAGGGGUGACCUACUUGUUUCCAAUACAAGCACAGACGUUCAACUACAUCUAUGACGGGAAUGACUGCGUGGCACAGGCUAGGACUGGCACUGGCAAAACCUUCUCCUUUGCCAUCCCACUGGUGGAAAAGUUGCAGUCAGAGGCUGCUGAUCGGAGUAGGAAUCGACCUCCCAAGGUUCUUGUGCUUACUCCAACAAGGGAACUGGCAAUUCAAGUGGCGAAGGAUAUCAAGGAUAUAACCAAGAAGCUCUCUGUCUCUUGUUUUUAUGGUGGAACAGCAUAUGUUGGACAGAUGGACAGCAUUCGUAAUGGCAUUGAUAUUCUGGUGGGGACACCCGGGAGGAUCAGGGACCAUCUCCAGAACAUGAAAAUUGACCUGUCUAAACUGAAGCACGUGGUCCUGGACGAAGUGGAUCAGAUGCUGGACAUGGGCUUUGCGGAGCAGGUGGAGGAUAUUCUGAAAGUUGCAUACAAAAAAGAUUCCAAAGACAAUCCUCAAACACUCCUCUUCUCUGCAACCUGCCCUCCCUGGGUUUACCAAGUUGCAAAGAAGUACAUGAAAGUACAGCACAAACAGGUUGAUCUCAUCGGAAAACGGACUCAGAGGGCAGCUACAACUGUUGAGCAUUUGGCCAUAGAAUGCCAUUGGACACAGCGAGCGGCAGUCAUCGGUGAUGUCAUCCAGGUAUACAGCGGCAGUCAUGGGCGAACUAUCAUCUUCUGCGAAACAAAGAAGGAAGUAAAUGAGUUGGUGAUGAACACCUCAAUAAAACAGGAUGCUCAGUGCUUACACGGGGACAUUCCACAGAAACAGAGAGAGAUCACACUGAAGGGAUUCCGGGAUGGCUCCUUCGAGGUGCUGGUUGCCACCAAUGUGGCCGCCCGUGGCUUGGACAUUCCAGAAGUAGACCUGGUAAUACAGGGCUGCCCACCAAAGGAUGUGGAUUCCUAUAUUCAUCGGUCUGGUCGUACAGGUAGAGCUGGGCGCACAGGGGUCUGCAUCUGUUUUUAUCAGCGUAAGGAGGAGGACCAUCUGAGAUUUGUGGAACAGCAAGCUGGUUUGACAUUCAAACGUGUUGGAGUUCCGACGGCCACCGACAUCGUUGAAGCUUCCUACAAGGAUGCCAUCCGAUCUUUGGAUUCCAUUCCGGCAGCAGCAAUCGAACGAUUCCGUCCGGCUGCAGAAAACCUGAUUGAGCAGCGAGGAGCACUGGAGGCUUUAGCUGCUGCAUUGGCACAUAUCUCGGGGGCAAAGAGCAUUGAACAGCGCUCCCUCCUUAACUCAGAUGCGGGGUAUACAACAAUGGUGUUGGCUUGUUCAAUGGAGAUGCACAGUAUCGGCUAUGCAUGGCGAGGGCUGAAGGAACAGCUGGGCGAGACAGUGGAAAGCAAAGUGAAGAGGAUGAGAUUCCUAAAGGGUAAAAUGGGUGUGUGUUUCGAUAUUCCCGAAGAUUCUCUGGAAGUCUUGAAGGCAAGCUGGCAGGACAGUCGUCGCUGGCAGCUCACUGUCGCAACUAAGUUACCAGAACUGGAGGAGGAUAGACGAGAUGGAGGGUCCAAAUUCAGGAAGCAUUCCUUCAACAGAGGAGGAGGAUUCAACAGGGGUCAGAGCGGCAGAGGCAUGAAGAGAAAUUUCAAUAGAGCAUUCGUCUGGUAGUUGGGCGUGAACAGGCGCAUGCCAGACCUCGCACUUUUAUAUAACUCAUCUGACUGCCCCACUUACUGAUUUAAAGGCUGCACUGGGCUGUGCGUGUCAGACUUGUGUAUUCCUGCGUUAUUUUAAAUGCACAGGACACUGGCUGGAAUUUGUUGGAUAACAGCUAGGUGCUGGAAUCAAGGGAUCAUUUACUUGGAUGUUGCAGAAAAAUUAAAAAGUGUUCCUUUAA